AUGAUAGCCGACAUACGCAGCGUCGCUGCAGGCGUUCUAUCCGCUGAGCCUACGCGUGACCCAAGCUACGAUGAUUUUUCCUUCACCCCCUUCCUACGAAAGAGCUUCGGAUUUGGCCUUGCCAGCGACGUGCCUGUCUGCAAGGCAUACGGCGAGGGACAUUGUCCACUGGGCCCAGCCUGCCCAGACCGACACCCGACUCCUUCUCGCGUUACCACAUCCACCACUACCGCCUCUGGUCUGGCCCCAUCUACAACACACGGGUCUUUGGUGUGUAAACAUUUCCUGAAGGGUCUCUGCAAGAAGGGGGUGAAGUGCGAGUACCUACACGAGUACAAUCUUCGCCGGAUGCCCGAAUGCCAGUCCUUCUCGCGGUCCGGUUACUGCCCCAACGGUGACGAUUGUCUCUACCAACACGUUCGAGAGGAGGCCCGACUCCCGCCCUGUGAACACUACGAUCGAGGAUUCUGUGAGCUUGGAUCUUUCUGCGCCAAGCGCCAUGUUCGCCGACGUCUCUGUCUGUUUUACUUGGCCGGGUUUUGCCCAGAAGGCAAGGCAUGUCCUGAUGCGCAUCCUCGGUGGACCGAGAACCUCCCUCGCCCUACCAUUCGAACGGAAAAGACGGAGGAAGAACUUGAGCAUGAGCGAACACUUAUCCGGGAAGAGCAGGAGCGAGAGAAGGAAAGGGAGCGCGAAUGGCGCAGUGAACGGGGUCGUGGCGGUGGAUUUAUGCGAGGGCGGUACCGCGGACGAGGCAGGGGCUGA